AUGGACUUCAUUGAAGGGAUUCCAAUUAGUGAAAGAAAGUUUGUUAUUCUGGUUGUUCUGGAUAGGCUUACCAAGUACAACCAUAUCGUUAGCCUUCAUCAUCCCUAUACUGCUUCUUCUGUGACAAGAGAGUUCAUUUCCAAUGUGUUUAAACUCCAUGGUCUUCCUGCUUCAAUUACUUCUAAUAGAGACAAGAUAUUCACAAGUCACUUCUGGAAGGAUUUGUUCAAAGCUCUACGUACUCAGCUGAAUUUGAGCACUGCUUACCACCCACAAACUGAUGGGAAGACUGAGAGAGUAAAUUCUUACCUAGAAAAUUACUUGAGAUGUAUGUGUAGUCACCAACCUAAGAAAUGGCACCAGUGGCUUCCCUUGGCAGAGUGGUGGUACAACACCAAUUAUCACACAGAAUUGAAAAUGAGCCCUUUCCAAGCUCUCUAUGGAUACAUCCCUCCUCAAAUAGAUUUUCCAUCCACUGCUAUUACUUCAGUUACUGAUAAGAUAGGAGAUGUUUCUUACAAGUUGAAUUUACCAUCAGAGGCUAGAAUUCAUCCCAUUUUCCAUGUCUCCCAACUGAAGAAGCAGAUUGGUACCUCCCUGACUCCUUCUCCCACACUUCCAACCUUAGAUACAGAUGGCCAAAUUCUAGUCAUUCGUGCAGCUGCUUUGGAUUCCAGGACUGUCAUCCGAAAGGGAGUUUUUGUGCCUCAACUACUGAUUAAGUGGACUAUUGCUUCUAAUGAGUACAUUGUUAAGCCACCAAGACUAGUAAGGCCAUAUGGUAGGACAAGAACCCAGAGGAUCAAGGAUAUAGAUGAUCCUGGAUACGACAACAGGAAUGCACAUAGUUGCGAGAGGUGUAGACUGUAUGAGAAUCAUAGAACUACCUGUAAAGGAGCUCCAGAUGGAUGUGAAUCUUCUACUGCACCUGCAAAUUGCUCUGCCUCUCCAAACUCCUCUUUAGCACCACCAGUUCAGUCCAUACAACCUCCACCACCACCAGCGAGCUGGUUCCCAUCACCACCAAUGCUUUAUCGAACUCAUUGA